AUGACGGAAAGGAAGAGCUUCUUUUAUGCUCAUGGUAAGUACAUGGAACUUGAGAAUUGUUUUGGUAAAUUGGGGUGGCGAGGGCCAACUACUUUGCGUAAACGGUUGACAUAUCUGCAUGUAUCUUUGAUUAUUGAAGGUGUUUACUCCCUUCACUCAUUAGUGAUUUCCUUUCGAAAAUAUAAGAUGGGUGGAGAGUCCUUGGGUUUUAGUUCACGUUUGGUGAAGGUUUGUGGAAAGCGCGCACAAACAGUCAUACAAUUAAGAAUUAGAUUAUCUCGAACACUUACCGAAUGUUUCACUCAUAGGAAUUCUCGUAGCGGGCCUCUUCACGCUCUCCCGAUCCCACUUCAAGCCCUCAAACAAUCAAACCCUGCAUUCAACCAUAAUUCCACUAUACAACCCUCAAGAUCCAACCUACAAUCCCAAUAUAGUUGUCCGAUGCUAAAUCCAGUAGGAAGAGAUGCCUCAAACGAAUUGAUACUACUUCACUGGCGCUGCCUGUACGCCCACCGUAUUCACACUAACGACUUCACAUCCACCACUUGCAGACGGCUGGAAACCGCCAGCAGCAAAAGGGUGUACAACACGCAAGCUUGGUACAAUAGCAAAUGCGGAAAACGUUCCCACAGCACCAACCUUCUUGUCCAAGCUAAGUGGAUGGUGGAGUCUGUUGGCUCUAAGGCUACUUGGCGCGAAAUUUACAUAUUUGACAUUGUAAAUGAGGCUCCGGGUGCCCAAACAUGGAGACAACUGUUAUCACUCAGUGUCUACAGAGACGAUGUGUGCCGAAUAUUUGCGAUAGCGAUAGGCUGUGUAAUUGCGAUCUUACCUCUACUUCUAGACGCAUGUUUGAUCCAUAUUAAACUUGGGGAUGGACUGAAAGGUGAAUCUUACUACCUGAGAUACAUGCCACCCUUGGCGGCUCCUAGCUUUCAGGUAGUGGAGGUAGGAUUAUUGAAGGUAUGUGCCAUUCUAUGCUUUCCCGAGAUUGAAAUCGUCGGAGCAAAGGAAAGAAAUGGUCACGGGUUCGGUCUCCUGAUCCAUCCUGCAUAUGAGGGAAUUAUGAACAAUACAUGA